CCUGAUUGCAUGAGUCUGCACUGCAUUGGCGCUGCUACAGCGGAUGUUCCCCAGGGACCGUACAAGCCAUUCCUCACAUCACUCGCUUGCCCGACCCACCGGGGAGGAGCUAUUGACCCAGUGCAUUUCAUCGACGUUGAUGAUAAGAUCUACGUAUUGUACAAGAUCGAUGGCAAUAGCCACAGCCACUGCGGCAUAUGUGGUAAUACAGUACCGCCCCAGGUCAGUACGCCAAUACUGUUGCAGCUUUUAGAAGACGAUGCAACGACCCUGUGGGUUUCUCUGUCGAGAUCCUAAACACAUCAAAUCUGACGGUCCACUCGUCGAAGCACCAUCGCUGAUACAUAGCAAUGACGGUGUAUAUUCUCUCUUCUUCAGCUCUGGUUGUACUCGCGUGCCUAGCCACGAUCUGAAGUACGUGACCAGCAAGGAUGCAGGCCCGUCUAAAAGGACCUCAAAGCCACUGCUCGUAACCGGAGAUUGGAAUUUGCUUGCUCCUGGGAGUGUCUUGGUGCGAAGAGAGAGUCAGCGCUGGCGAAUGGUGUUUCAUUCGAGGAUUACGACACCCUUUAGAGGAGUGAGGACGAUGCAUACGGCAGCAUUAGUUCUCAGCGGAACAAAUGUGUCAUUUGAUACAUGAUAACAGAGUGAGUGAAGUAAUUUAAUUUGCAAUGUCAAACAAAUUUUGUCUUUCAACGCAAUUCGUCGUGUCCUUCAACCUCAACCAGCCUCCUAGCCAGACAUUACUCCACACCCGCCUUCAUCGUCACUUCUUCCAGCUCUUUACUGCAUCAUGACAAUAAUCGCUUGACUACGCGACGUCCAAAGCUGAAAACGAAACGGCGACAACGGCAUUGCCGUUGAUGCAGGGGCUAGACAUCCCAGCGCCGAUCACCUCGGAACGCUAACCCAUUUUCGUCGUCCACACAGCGUCGAC